AUGUCACUCGUAGCCACGACUUGUGCCCGCUCUGCUCUUCGACGCGUCCGGCUUUCGGGCUGGAAGCGCUCAUUGUCGACCAUAGAACUAGACGACCGGCGAAAACGGGUUGUCGUGCUAGGAGCAGGAUGGGCUGCAACCAGCGUUCUUCGUGGUCUCUCUGACAAAUAUCAAACCGUCGCCAUUUCUCCUCGAGCAUACUUUGUAUUCACGCCACUCUUGGCGUCAACCAGUUGCGGGACCCUCGAACCUAGGACGGCUCUCGAGAGUGUUCGCUCUCUCAAACCAUCAGAGUACUUUGAAGCCUCUGUACAGAGCAUUGAUUUUGAAAAGAAAGAAGUGCUUUGUUUGAGCCCUCUGCAAGGAUGGGAUCCUUCAAAAGCAUUCUCCGUCAAGUAUGACAAGCUCGUUAUUGCCGUUGGGGCACAUACACAGACAUUCAAUAUUCCUGGAGUGCGCGAGCAUGCGUACUUCCUCAAGGAAACGAAAGAUGCCAUCAAGAUACGAAAAAGGAUCCUAGGGUGUUUCGAAGAAGCUAGUCUUCCGUCGACUUCUGAAGAGCGCCGACGUCAACUCUUACACUUUUGUGUCGUCGGUGGCGGUCCUACUGGGGUCGAGUUCUCAGCUGAAUUGCACGACCUCAUCCAUGAUGACCUAAGUCGUCAUUAUCCCUCACUCAUCCCUCUGGUAUCCAUCUCUCUCUACGAUGUCGCUCCACGGAUUCUAUCCAUGUUCGACUCGGUCCUUGCCGACUAUGCAGCCAAUCAUUUCGCCCGACAAGGCAUCCACGUACAUACUCGACGAACGGUCACCCGAAUCGACGACGGGGUAGUGCAUCUCAAGGAAGAAGGCCCGGUGAAAUGCGGCAUGAUCGUUUGGAGUACCGGACUUGACAUGACACCCUUAAUCAAGGAGCUCAAGGGUGUGAAGAAGGACCACAAAGCAGGACGAAUCAUGACCGAUGGCUACCUCCGCCUUUUAGACUCGGCAUCCGAAGCAGAGCAUCCAAAGGUCAUUCCGGACGUCUAUGCUAUCGGCGACUGUGCAGUCAUUGAAGGCGACGAGCUACCUUCGACUGCUCAAGUCGCUUCUCAGCAAGGGGCUUGGCUUCGUAGACACCUGAAUAGACUUGCAAAAUACGAAGCAAAGGCUAUUGCUGCUCCCCCCAAAGCCCAGGAAACGUCGGCUGAGACGACCGCGGUAGAUAUAGACUCAAAAGUCGGCCGAGGGUUCAGGUAUCACAACAUCCUGACACUUGCAUACUUGGGCUCGUGGAAUGCAAUCGCCCAGCGGAGCAAAGGUCACGGUAUCCGUGGACGUAUCGCAUGGUUCUUGUGGAGAGGCGCGUAUAUGACCAAAACAAUCUCACUUCGCAACAAGAUUAGGGUACCGCUGUUAUGGCUAGUACGAAAUCCUCACAAGUGA